AACCAUAGAAGAAUUUUGUAUGUUCAGACAUGCCACCUACAUCCGCAUGCGCUUUAUUCCAAAAAAUCAUCAGCCAUAUUGGUGUGUUGUAUCGCUGUUCUCAAUUAUUUCAAAGAUCACAAAGCAAAUAAUUCGUCAUGACGGAUUCUAUGAAGUUUGGUCCUGAAUGGUUGCGCAAUCUCUCAGGAGAAAAUUCUAAUAGUAGUGGUACUAGUGGAAGUACUUCAACUUUAAGUACUCCUCGAUAUCAAUUAGCGGAGCAUAGAUAUGGACGAGAAGAGAUGUUGGCUUUGUUUGACCGUAAUUAUAAGCCACCUGAACCAUUGAUAACAUUUUCAACAUUAUAUGUUGAAAAAACUCAACUUCCACUAGCUCUUAUACAGAUGACAGAAGAUGAAACACGUAUGUGGAAUGGAGGCGUGACUAAUAUUGGAGGCCGUGGAAGAGGUGGAAGUGUAGAUCGUGGAGGGAGAAGUAGAAAUGGAAGAGGCAGUUUGUAUUCUUCUCAUUAUUCUAGAGCAGUUGGUUUUGAGGAUUCGGGUGAAAUAAUUCGCAUUGAUUCAGGCCAGUCUUUUCAAGGAAGAAGUCGACCAUUUGAUAGAUCUCAAAGUGAACGAGGUUGGUCAGAAAGAAAUGGAUCUUCUGAUCCAAUUGAAUGGAAUGGUUCUACUAGUCCUAGAAAAGAAUUAUCUCGUGGGACUAGUGGAAGUUCUCUUAUGGAAAGCAAUUGGCGAAGACAUCGAAAUGGCGGAGAAGAUGAUGAUGGUUGGCGUAAGUGGGGUAGAAACAGUUGGCGUGAAGGGGGCAGUAUAGAUAGGGACAGACUGGAUAGAAAUGAAGGUGAUGGUGAAGAAAGUCGAAGUGGUACUGGUGGUGGAAGAUGGGAAUUCCGUGGAAGUCACAGGUCUCACGAAACAAAUCAUAUUCCUCCACCUCGUACUGCGCGUACGUGGGAAUCUAAUCAUCAUGAUAAUCAUGACAAUCUUCCAGAAUGGGCGACUGAAAACCCUAGUGAAAGUGGUGGACGAUUUGAUGCUUCAGGGGCAUUUCAUGGGGGAAUGUAUUCAGAUGAUGAUGAUGAAGGAAUUAUUAGCGUACGUAAUUCUCAAGAGUUAAGGACUCGACGUGUCUCUGAAGGAAAUGCUUCCAUUACAUCGAAAUCUAUUAACAAAUCUGUGCCAUAUGGCACAGGCCAAGGACAAGUAGAAAAUCGCCAUCAUACAAAUGAUUCUACUGGUACAAAGCAUAGGGAAAAACCAAAAUCUGUUCGUCUACAGGAAGAAAAAGAUAACGCUACAGAAAGAGACGUUAGUAAUUCUCCAAGUAAAGUAGUACUUUCAACAUCUAGCAAUACUUCAGCAAAAAGCUUAUCAUCUACAUCUUCGUCUGCUUCUCUUACUAUGACACAUGUAAAUACAAAUAAUACUGAAAAUGAUAAAACUCAACCAAAUGAUGCAGAUAAUAAAUGUUCAAAUGUGAUACAUGACAGAGGAACUGUAGAACCAGAAGUUAAUAAGGAUAUAGUGGUGUCUACUGUGAAUAGACAAGUAUCCGUACAAACCGAAUCACAAAAGGUUACACAUGAUUCAGUAAUAGAUAAUGUGAAGAAAUCUGAAGAUGAUCUAGAUAGAAUGAAGGAAGAAGCUGAUGCUUUAGUGGCCAAAUUGAUGGCUGAUGAAGAAAGCCAUAGAGAGAAAGCUGCAACUAUUUCCCCAUCUAUCAACAAUCAACAAACAACUUCGAAUGUACAAGAAAAAUGGUUUUAUCGUGAUCCACAAGGUGAAGUACAAGGUCCAUUUUUGGCAAGUGAAAUGGCUGAAUGGUGUAAGGCUGGAUACUUUACUGCGGGGUUAAUGGUAAGAAGGACUUGUGAUGAGAGAUAUACUACUUUAGGGGAGUUAAUGAAAAUUUGUGGAAGAGUGCCAUUUAUUCCAGGGCCAUCCAUUCCUCCCUUAAAGUUAUCCGAACCAGUAAUACCUUCUGUUCCUAGUACAGUACCUGCAGGUAUAACUGCUACUGCUUUACCAAAGUCUGGAAUAGAAGAUCCUUUACUUUUACUUCAGUAUCAACAUAUGCGUUUAUUACAAAAUCAACAAAUAUUGUUAAGACAAAUGAGAACAUCAGCUAUAGCUAAACUUUCUCAAUCUGAACAUUGGGCAACUUUAAGCCCUAUCGAACAAAACCAGUUAAUACUCCAAUAUGUUAUUCAGGAUUCUGAAAUACCAGAUAUGCCAAUUUCUACAAAUCCAUUUGUGCCUCAUCUUACACCAUCACCGUCAAAUCCUGUUAUGCAGUUAUUCAAUCAAAUGCAACAGGCAAAGGUACAACCCGAACCUCAUCUACCAUCUAGUUCACAAACCAACACUGCAGGACACCCUGGUCAGAUUGAUCCUAUACAGCAACUCAUUCAACAAAUGGGUGGUAUCCAAAAUGUACCUACAAUUUCACAAUCAAAUUUAAAUUCUGCUUCAUCUCAAGAAGAUAAUCCUAUAAAAUCAUUGCUACGGCAGCUUAAUGUUAAUGCAACAGGACAUCCACAAACAUCUCAUAUCGAUACUGUUUGGCCACAUUCACCUCCACAGAUAACUCCACAAUUUAAUGCUCAGAAUUGGUUAACACAGGUGGGACCUAUACCUGCAGUACCACCUGGACAAUUACCUACUACACUUUGGAAUUUGCAUACUAAAGAAAUAAAAACGGAACAACAAAUACUAGAAGAACAGAAUCUUAAAUUGCAAGAACAAAGAAAGAAAGAAGAAUUAAGAAAACAAGAAGAAUUACAAAGACAAGCUGAAGAGGAGAAAGCUAAAAGAAAGCAGGAAGAAGAACAAGUUAGACAAGCGGAAGAGGCAAAACGAAAAGAAGAAGAAAGAAAAAAAAAGGAAGAAGAUAAGAAACGGAAAGAAGAAGAAAAACGGAAACAGGAAGAAGAACAAAAAAAAAAGGAAGAGAAAAAACGUAAAGAAGAAGAAAAGAAAAAAAGAGAGGAAGAAAAACGAAAACAGGAAGAGGAAAAUAUUAAGAGGAAGCAGGAAGAAGAAAAAAGAAAACGGGAAGAAAUUAAAAAACAAGAAGAAAAACAUAAGAAAGAAGAAGAGAAAAAGAAAAAAUUAGAAGAGGAACAAAGAAAACAGGAAGAAGAAAGAAUCAAAAAAGAAACAGAAGCACGCAAGCUGCUCGAAGCUGAAGAACAGGCACGACGUACUGAACAAAGACGUCGAGAAGCGGAAGCUCUUCGUAAACUUCAAGAAAGAAGUAAAGCACCAUGGGCUCAAGCACCUUGUACACCUGCUCCUACAACUCAUGCUUCACUUGCAGAAAUUCAGAGGCUAGAACGAGAGAAAAAAGCUGAGGAGCAACGAUACCAACAAUUAAUGCAACAACAAUUAGCACAACAAAAAGCUGUAGAGGCAGUGCAAGAAGCAGCAGUAACAGAUUCAUCCAAACGGUUACAGUUUAAGUGGGCAGAAAAAGCCACAUCUUCUAAUAAAGUUCUUCAAGUAAAAAGUCUUACGCAAAUUCAACAAGAAGAGCAGGAACGCAUUGCUAAGCAACAAGAAAAAGAAAGACAUGAAAAAGUAGUACAAAAAGAGUCGGCUAAUGUUCUUCCUAAUGCCGGUAUAUGGGGCACAGCAUCACAAUGUCUGAAUUGGACUAAUUCUAGCUCAUCCAGUAACAAUCAAGCUUGGUCUACUAAUAGUAGUACUAGCGGUUUUUGGGAUGAUCCUACAACUAUGAGAUCAUCUCUUACUACCAAACAGACAACAAAACCAGUAGCAACAAAAUCUACUUCUAAUCAACAGCCUCAACAACAGAAUAAUAAAUCAACUAAAAAUAAAGUAAAAAAAGAAGAGGAACUAGUAAAAAAAUUAUUCGAACAAAAUACUGCCAAGCUUGACGACUUUACACAAUGGUGCUACAAGGCUUUGAGUGUUAUACAAACUUCUGUUCACAUCCCUACAUUUGUUGUUUUCUUACGGGAUCUUGAAUCACCAUAUGAAGUAAAAGAAUAUGUACGUGUAUAUCUUGGCGAUAGUAAACAAUGCACGGAAUUUGCAAAGCAAUUUUUAGAAAAAAGAAGUAAAUGGCGUUCAGCACAGAGACCUCAAGCGCAGGUAGAUAAUUUGUGUAAACCUGCACCAGCUGUAAAUCCGAAUGCUCCCACUGAAUUUCAGGAAGUUAAGGGAAAAUCUAAGAAACCCAAGAAAGGAAAAAUGUUUAAAGUGGACAAUAGGAUCCUUGGGUUUAGUGUAACUGCAGCACCUGAUCGUAUAAAUGUUGGAGAUCGCGACUACGGAGAAGAUGUUUAAGAGCAUUUCUUGCUAUUAAAAUUGAGGAAAUUGUGCAGUGCUCAAUUCAUCAAACGGUUCGUUAUUUAUUGUAGAUCAUACAAAAGGUUCGAAAGAUUCCAUUGUGAGUAUAAUCAAUUUAUAAAGCAUAACCAAUUUUUCUGUAAAGAUAAUAUCUACUAGAACCGAUUUUAAUUCAUUUUAUUCUAUAAUGGGAACCUUUGAACCUGUAUGGCGUAGCAUUAUUAUUUCUUUAUUCGAUUGAAGCUAGAUUGUGUAUCUAAUUAUACCCAUUGUAUAUACUGUUUAAUAACAAUUUAUUAAAUAAUUUGAAAAUGUUUUGCUUUAGAUAUGCGACAUCUAACAUUGAAAAAAUUUUAUAAAAUUUCAUCAUCAUCAUUUUAGUACAUAGACGAAAUACAAAGAAUUUAUGUCAAUCGAUAACUUGUAUACAUAGAAACAUCGCAGUCGAUAGCAAUAUGUGCUUGUAAAGGUAUUAAACGAUAAAUUUAACAUUGUUAAAAUUUAUUUAAAAUCAUGGAAAUAUAUAUAUAUACACACAUACACAUACCCCUCCCCACAUACACAUACACACGCACACACACACACAUAUAUCAUUUUUGUACAGAGCACAUCAUAAUGUGCAUCAGUGUUAAGCAAUCGAGCAUGUCGUAUAUAUGAAUCCUAUGGAUUUCUUACUUUCUAGAAAAUGUCAUAAAAAUUCUGCUUUACAUUAUAUUUCAUAAACCGUUUAAAAAAAAAACAGUAAGUCGCACUUUUUCUGCAGUAAAGAAAUUUUUCGUAUGGUAAUAGAUAUAAUUAUACUAUCGUAAGAAAAUGUUACAUGUAAUAUUAUAUUGUUUCUAAAUAAUAAAUGAAUGAAAAAAAAAGUUGCAAGCAAGAUUGCUCUUGCUGUGCUUCGCAUACUAACCUGUACAAUAGUAACUUAUGUUUAUAAAUAUGGCAGUGUUUUCUU